UUCGGAGUCCGCGCACUUCACUUUGGGUCACAGCUAGUGAAUCUCGCGUAAUAAUCAAACGGAACAAGUGAUUUGCCUUUAAAUCACGCGUUAAUUUAUGGAGCUAGUGCUUAAAGCAGCGCGGUACCGCACGGUAUUUAAUAGACGCUUCGCAUGUGUCACGACUCACGAGCAUACUCUACAAUGGCGUCUUGGAAAAUAAGGGGAAGGUUGUUAAUUAUACUAAGUUCUUUCACAUGCAUUACUUUAAUACACUGCAGACGUCUGCUACAGUUUUCUGGAACAGAAAAAACGAACGAUGAAGGUGGCGACGAUAUUUCAGAACAAUUUAUGUCAGACCACAAUUUUGUGCCCUUAGCUGAUUUUGACCAUCUCAGUUACGACGCUGGAGUUUCAGUUCUUCUGAAGCAGCCUGGGAUGCCAUGUCUCCAAAAUUGAGGUGUGGCGACGAUCUUAUGAAGUUAAAACUCAGUGGUCCAGAAGUAGCAAAUGUUGAACUCUGUCGAGGUAAUGGGGUGCCUGUUCCUCUCACUCAGUUGCCACCUUACUGUGGACACACCACACUCACUGAUGGAGGUCUUGUUUAUGCUACUCCCUAUGAUGGAUGUGGUGUUGUGCAACAGGAAGGGUGUUAUGGGAUGCAGAUACAGUGGCAGGGAAACUCAACAGUCCUUUCUUGUCCUAUGACCUCUACCACUGCAGAUGAAACCUUCCUGGGACCUCAUCCUCCUGAAUAUCUGCACAUUUUGCUGCCUCCCUUUUCUCCCGAAACACCAAGUCCAGAAGCACCUGCAAUGCCACAAGCGUCUGAUACUGUAACAUUGAAACCAUCACCUCCUGGGUACCCUCAAGUAUAUCCGCAAGGGUUUUGGCCUUUCUCUCAUUAUCUUUAUCCUGGAAGUGUUUAUUCCAUAGCUAAGCAAACAGAGAAACCUGUUACAACUACCCUACUUGCCAAAGCACCAACUGAAGAGCCUCAACCUCCCAAAUACCCCCAGAUGUCUUGGCCACACUACUACCACCCUGAUUACCUCUAUCAUGGCAGACCAAAACCCACUUUAAAAUCUGUUCCAGCAGAUGGCUCUAACACUGAAUCAGAUCCCCAAGUACCAGCUGAAAAGCCUCAACCUCCCAAAUACCCCCAGAUGUCUUUGCCAGACUACUACCACCCUGAUUACCUCUAUCAUGGCAGACCAAAGCCCGCUGAGAAACCUGUUCCGGCCGAUGGCUCUAACACUGAAUCGGAUCCCCAAGCACCAGCUGAAAAGCCUCAACCUCCCAAAUACCCCCAGAUGUCUUGGCCUUAUUACUAUCCUGGUUACCCUUAUGGCGACCCAAAACCUACUUUGAAACCUAUUCCAGCGGAUGGCUCUAACACUGAAUCGGAUCCCCAAGUACCAGCUGAAAAGCCUCAACCUCCCAAAUACCCCCAGAUGUCUUGGCCACACGAUUACCUCUAUCAUGGCAGACCAAAGCCUGCUGAGAAACCUGUUCCGGCCGAUGGCUCUAACGCUGAAUCAGAUCCCCAAGUACCAGCUGAAAAGCCUCAACCUCCCAAAUACCCCCAGAUGUCUUGGCCUUAUCACUCUCCUGGUUACCCUUAUGGCGACCCAAAACCCACUUUGAAACCUGUUCCGGCCGAUGGCUCUAACGCUGAAUCAGAUCCCCAAGUACCAGCUGAAAAGCCUCAACCUCCCAAAUACCCCCAGAUGUCUUUGCCAGACUACUACCACCCUGAUUACCUCUAUCAUGGCAGACCAAAGCCCGCUGAGAAACCUGUUCCGGCCGAUGGCUCAAACACUGAAUCAGAUCCCCAAGCACUAACUGAAAAGCCUCAACCUCCCAAAUACCCCCAGAUGUCUUGGCCUUAUUACUAUCCUGGUUACCCUUAUUAUGGCAGACCAAAGCCUGCUGAGAAAUCUGUUCCAGCCGAUGGCUCUAACGCUGAAUCAGAUCCCCAAGUCCCAGCUGAAAAGCCUCAACCUCCCAAAUACCCCCAGAUGUCUUGCCGUCAUCACUAUCCUGCUUACCCUUAUGGCAGACCAAAGCCUGCUGAGAAAUCUGUUCCAGCCGAUGGCUCUAACGCUGAAUCAGAUCCCCAAGUCCCAGCUGAAAAGCCUCAACCUCCCAAAUACCCCCAGAUGUCUUGCCGUCAUCACUAUCCUGCUUACCCUUAUGGCAGACCAAAGCCUGCUGAGAAAUCUGUUCCAGCCGAUGGCUCUAACGCUGAAUCAGAUCCCCAAGUCCCAGCUGAAAAGCCUCAACCUCCCAAAUACCCCCAGAUGUCUUGCCGUCAUCACUAUCCUGCUUACCCUUAUGGCAGACCAAAGCCUGCUGAGAAAUCUGUUCCAGCCGAUGGCUCUAACGCUGAAUCAGAUCCCCAAGUCCCAGCUGAAAAGCCUCAACCUCCCAAAUACCCCCAGAUGUCUUGCCGUCAUCACUAUCCUGCUUACCCUUAUGGCAGACCAAAGCCUGCUGAGAAAUCUGUUCCAGCCGAUGGCUCUAACGCUGAAUCAGAUCCCCAAGUCCCAGCUGAAAAGCCUCAACCUCCCAAAUACCCCCAGAUGUCUUGCCGUCAUCACUAUCCUGCUUACCCUUAUGGCAGACCAAAGCCUGCUGAGAAAUCUGUUCCAGCCGAUGGCUCUAACGCUGAAUCAGAUCCCCAAGUCCCAGCUGAAAAGCCUCAACCUCCCAAAUACCCCCAGAUGUCUUGCCGUCAUCACUAUCCUGCUUACCCUUAUGGCAGACCAAAGCCUGCUGAGAAAUCUGUUCCAGCCGAUGGCUCUAACGCUGAAUCAGAUCCCCAAGUCCCAGCUGAAAAGCCUCAACCUCCCAAAUACCCCCAGAUGUCUUGCCGUCAUCACUAUCCUGCUUACCCUUAUGGCAGACCAAAGCCUGCUGAGAAAUCUGUUCCAGCCGAUGGCUCUAACGCUGAAUCAGAUCCCCAAGUCCCAGCUGAAAAGCCUCAACCUCCCAAAUACCCCCAGAUGUCUUGGCCUUAUCACUAUCCUGGUUACCCUUAUGGCAGACCAAAGCCCACAGAGAAACCAGCUUCAGCCACCCCCACUGCUCACCCAUCAGGCUCGCCAGCAACAACCCAGACGCUGCAGCCCCCAGCAUACCCUGGAAGUCUAUUCCCUCAGUAUAGUUAUUACCCUGAUUAUCCUUCCUAUUUGCAAGCGUUUUAUCCACAAUACCCAGUUCAGCCUCCCAAAACUCCUACUGCACCGCCUAUAACCACCACUCCUCAACCCUGUACUACAACUGCAGCUGCUGAAUGCAAACCCUCUGCCAACCAGCCUCCCAAUGUUCCACCUCAGCAAUAUAUACCUCCCAGUUCUGUACUUUAUGAAAAAAACCAUUUCGUGCUUCAAUUUGUGGACUUUUCGGAUCCCAACUCUUUCCCAUGAAGUUUUAUUAUGAGGACUGAGGCCAGAUGCUUAGAAUUACGCUGGUAAUGUGCUGUAUGUGGCUUUGAAAAAGAUUGCCUCCUGAUUUAAUGCUAAUACUGCAGUGAUUCCUGCUCAUGAACAUGCUGGUUUGUGCUUAGUGUUGUCCUAAUUGUCUUAAACCAUUCAAUAAAUCAAAUAUGAUCAAA